AUGGCCGAGAAACAAUCCGAGGCCAACAAUGUCUCGGUAGACACGACUGAGCAUCAGGCCGCACUGCAUCAGGAUCCGGCACUUCAGGCUGAGCACCAGCAUCACCAUGAACAUCAUCACCACACUGCCUUUGCCGAGCAAGGCCGCGAGGAUGAAGUGGUCUUUUCCAAAGACACGGUCUUCGAAAAGGGCAUUGUUCCUGAACCCAGCCCCCUUGAUCAUGGCAGCCACAGCCAGGGAUCGAAAGACGAGGAGACAGGCGAGACCAAUCCCGCCCCACGGCCAUGGCACCGGCGUGCGCUGAAGCAUUGGAGACGUGCUUUCCACGCUGCGAUCUGGAUUUUGUUUACCGGCUGGUGGAUCACCGGUCUCAUUAAGCAUCGGCAUGACCUGGGUUGGGUAGUCCCAUUCCUGCUCUACCUAGCCAUCACCCUACGCCUGAUAUUCUUCUACGUCCCAAUCAGCAUCAUAACCCGACCAAUGUAUUUCCUCUGGAACAAAACCGCCACGCCAAUCGUGAACGCCAUCCCCGAGAAACUCCGCACUCCCCUCGGAGCCGUCGUUUGCGUCGGCGUAAUCCUUAUUGGAUCAUUCGCCUCGCCUGAAUCAGCAGAUAACACCCGCGCAAACCGCGCCGUUAGUCUCUUCGGCUUGAUCGUCUUCAUCUUCGUCUUGUAUUUGACCUCGCGGAACCGCAGCAAGAUCGUCUGGCACACGGUUAUCGUGGGGAUGUUGGUGCAAUUUAUCAUUGCGCUAUUCGUGCUUCGGUCCGGUGCUGGUUAUGACAUUUUCAACUUUAUUUCCCUGCUCGCUCGUGAAUUGCUUGGCUUCGCUGCUGAUGGAGUUAAAUUCCUCACUGCCGAUGACUUUUACAAUAUGAAAACGCCACUGCAGCCGGCAAAUUGGUUCUUGGUCGGUGUUAUCCCGGCUAUCAUCUUCUUCGUGUCCGUCGUGCAGUUGCUCUACUACACAAACAUCCUGCAAUGGUUCAUCGCCAAAUUCGCCGUCUUCUUCUUCUGGUGCAUGCGCGUCUCUGGCGCCGAGGCCGUCGUCGCCGCUGCUUCGCCCUUCAUUGGACAGGGCGAGUCGGCAAUGCUGAUCAGACCGUUCAUCGCGCAUCUGACCAUGGCCGAACUGCACCAGGUCAUGUGCUCUGGUUUCGCGACUAUCGCCGGUAGUGUAUUGAUCGCUUAUAUCACAAUGGGCGUGAACCCGCAGGCGUUGGUAUCUUCGUGUGUGAUGAGUAUCCCUGCCUCAUUGGCGUGCUCGAAGUUGCGUUGGCCCGAGGAAGAAGAGAGUCUGACGGCUGGGCGGGUCGUUAUUCCUGAUAAUGAGGAACACCGCGCUGCUAAUGCUCUGCACGCUUUUGCAAAUGGAGCUUGGCUUGGUCUGAAGAUUGCGGCUAUGAUUGGUUCGACUUUGCUGUGUAUUAUCUCGUUGAUUGGUCUUAUUAAUGGCCUUCUCACUUGGUGGGGUCAUUACUUAAGUAUCAACAAUCCCGAGUUGACCCUCGAGCUUAUUCUCGGUUACCUCUGUUACCCGGUUGCCUUCCUGCUGGGUGUAUCGCGGAACGGCGAUCUGCUGAAGGUGGGCCAGCUAAUUGGUCUGAAAUUGGUCUCGAACGAAUUCGUCGCCUACAACGCCCUCCAAAACCAAGAAGCAUACUCUCACCUCUCCGACCGCUCACGCUUGAUCGCCACCUACGCGCUCUGCGGCUUCGCCAACAUCGGCUCCCUGGGUAACCAGAUCGGUGUCUUGUCUCAGAUCUCGCCCGGUCGUAGUGGCGAUGUGUCCCGUGUGGCUGUUAGUGCGAUGCUCACGGGUGCGAUUAGUACUUUUACUAGUGCGACGAUUGCGGGUCUGCUUAUUACGGAUGAGAAGCAGUAUUUCAGUACGACUUGA